CGUAAACUUACGGUCAACCACCUGAAUCUCGCGAGAGGUAUGAAUCAAAUAAUUAAUCCCCUUUGUGACAUCUGCAGAAAUUCUUACCCUUCUCAUUCCUGGUAAAUCGAACCAAAUUCCGAACCUCACCCAGUCUUGUUGCUUGGUUUGUUUGUGAAAAUGGGAGUCCAUUUUCGGGUAUCGUCGUCAUUAUCGUAUAAAAAGGCGCACUUCCAGACUGAUUCUCAUUCACUCGAGUCACUUCCCUUUUAUACUUCCAAUGGCAGUCAAGAAAGCCGAGAUUGCUGCUGUUAAGAAACAGAUUCUCGCACUCGUUGAAGUCGUCGAACGAGACACGACCCUAGUCGUAGACAAAGACGACAUCCUUAAGAACCUCCAGAGUCUCCUUACUUCGCUCGGUGAUCUGACAUUCAUUGGCCGGAUCAGAACGCGCUUUCAUGCAUGGAUUCGGAAUAAGCUAGCGCAAGUUCCAAAUACUGUGCCAACCAUAGAAACGGUACGAACUACGUUAGCUAUAAUCGAACGGGAUUACGAGGAUGCGUCCAAUGCGUCUAAACUAGAGGCGGCUCAGCAACAAUUAUUGGCUGGAUAUUUGCCAGCAGAUAACGCACAAUCUUCAAUAAACUCACUGCAGGAUUCUACCAGAAACACAGUAUCGCCAGCAAGCUCCUUAGGAUAUUCCGGAGGCGGUGCAGGGCAGCCAGCAGGACACUAUGCAUCCUCUAAUCCUUCCAUUGCAUCACUUCGCAGCUCAAGUCACUAUCAACCCUCGAGAUCUUCCCAUUAUUCCAGCACUCCACCGACAUCACGGCAUACCUCAGAUGAUAUUCCGGGGACAUUGUCGUCUAUGUCAUUUGCCGCCAAUAGCCAGUACGCCUCGUCCGGUCUGGGCGCGUCUGCAAGAACGUCUGCUUCUAUUGUACCUUCCAUAACAUCUGCUCAUUCUGGAAACGGAACGUCCUCGACCAUGAAUAGUUAUAGCUAUACGCCUGGUUCCACGACCUUGUACGUGUCAUACUUAUCUCCAAUAUCUCACACCAUUCGACCUUGUGCUUCCAAAGGCCCCAUCUCUCCCACGGAAACCCUGCCACCAUAGACAACAACACCUUUGGGUAGGUUCCAUGUAUUCCCACCGACAAUCCAAUGCUUAUAUCCUAUUCGCAGGGCCAUCCCAUCCUCCGUCCUACAACGGUCCGCACAGUGAGUCAAACUUGUCAGUCUAUCAACAUCACUCAUUGAUAUCUGCAACCAAUCGUACAGUCCUGCCCGCGACAGACCUCGCCACAUUGAAGCUCUGCAAGCGGCGUAAGUCCUAAUAAUAAUAUGGCAUCCGUGCUGAAAACGAUUGCGUUUUCAGUUACGCGCAGGCGC